AUGUCGGAUGAGAAUAAACAAGACAACAUCAACCUAUUACUUGUCAAUGCCGUCUCCGGUGGCAUUAAACCAAAAGCCGCUCAAAAGUCAAUGACCUAUGAGAAGCUAACUUUGAGAGCUUUAGAGUCUUGCGUUAAAUUUAGUGGAGGUUUAUCUGAUACUAUUGACGUCAAUACCUGGGCUGAGAAGAUAGCUUGGACACUUAAGAACUCAGCAGCAAAAGGAUUUGAUGCAGCUUCUCUUGUGGAAAGUCGUCUCUCAUCCCCAGCGGAAAACUGGUUCAUCGAGACGAUCAAAGAUUUGGGUGAUACCAUUGAAAGUGAACGUCCACAAUUUUUCUUAAAUUUAGUUAUUGAGAAAUUCAAAGACUUAAAUUUAAAGACAAAACGUUUGUCAAAAUUAAUGAAUUUGAGAAUCACCUCUGGUGAAUCAGGUCAUAUAUUUGAAAGGACAAGUUUGGAGUUACCGGAAGAAUAUAUUUCCAGACAGUGUCUUUUAGAAAUUUUUGUGUCAAAGGUUCCAUCAUUUAUUAGGGAUCAUCUGUUGACCAAUCCACCUUCAGGUUUUGGACUCAGCUUCUAA